AUAUCUUUAAAGUUAUGGGAUAAGGAUCCUCUAAAUUUUAUGCUGUGCCAAUUGGAGAGAAGAAAGAAGGGGAAAGUCACGUUUAUCGAAACCCAAACAAUACUGAGAAACUUCUUGAUAAUUUUGAAGGAGAAACUACUGUUUAAGGCAUCUUCUUAAGAUCAUGUAGGAAAUUUCCAAACAAUAGAUGCUUGGGCAAAUAGAUUGUGACUGGAGAAAAUAGUAGACAUUACGUUUAUAAAACUUAUAUUGAAGUAAGAGAUAUUGCAGAGUAAUAUCUUAAAUAAAAACUAGGUUGCUUGGUUCAGGUAUCAAGAACAUGAACUUGAUUCCAAAUCCAGUAUAAUAUGAUGGUUAAGAAUUGAGAAUGAUAGGAAUAUUUUCAAAGAAUAGAGAGGAAUGGUUACUCUUAGAUAUAGCUAAUACAUUGUAUGGAAAUACUAUGAUCCCUUUAUAUGACACUUUAGGAUUAGAAACUAUACCUUUUAUAUUAGAACAUACUUAGAUGAGCACUUUAUUUGUCUCAAACAGUAGUGUAGAUACUCUUUUAAAAGUUAAAGAAUAUCAUGCGCUUAAGAAUAUAGUUACAUUCGAUGAAUUAUCUUAAGAAAUAGUUCAGAAGGUAAAAUAUAUUUUAAAGAGAAUAGUUAGGAGAUAAAGGAUUAAAGGUAAUUAAUUAUGAGGAAGUUUUGAAUGCUGGAAAAGAAACAAAGCAUGCAUUUGCAGAAGUGCAUGGAAAUGACAUUUUCACAUUCAGUUAUACAUCAGGUACAACAGGAAUGCCAAAAGGUGCAAUGUUAAGACAUUUAAAUUUUGUAACAGUAGCAGGUGGAGUAGUUUAUCAAGGACUCUAGUUUUAUCCAAGUGAUGUUUAUUUGAGUUAUCUACCAUUACCUCAUGUUUUAGAGAGAGUUGUAGUGACAGCACUACUGGGUUUUGGUUGUACCAUCUGUAUGUAUGGAGGAGAUGUUUAAAAAAUAAAUAUAGAUAUUUAAUUGGUAAAGCCAACAAUAUUUGUAAGUGUUCCUAGAUUGUAUAGAAGAUUAUAUAAUGCAAUAAAAGAGAAAGCAGAUAAAUUAACAGGAUAUUAAAAGACAUUAUUUGAAAAGGGAUUAGCUAGCAAAAUGUAUUAUUUGUAAAAUGGAGGACAUGUUUAACAUAAGGUUUGGGAUAAUUUAGUAUUUAAAAAAACAAGAGAAGCAUUUGGUGGAAGAGUCAGAUUAAUGUUAUCAGGAUCAGCACCAAUGUCACCUGAAGUUGUUGAUUUUUUAAAAUGUGUUGUUUGUGUUCCAUUUCUUGAAGGAUAUGGUUAAACAGAAGGAUGUGGUGGUUCUUUUAUCAGUAGAGCAGAUGAUCCUAUAAGUGGACAUGUAGGAGGUGUAUUUUCUAAUAUUGAAUUCAAACUUGUUGAUGUUCCAUAAAUGAAUUAUUAUAGUACUGAUAAAGAUGAAUAAGGAAGACCUACUCCUAGAGGAGAAAUCUGUAAUCAAAUCAUAUUAUAUUAUUCUAUUAGGUAUCAGAGGCAAUGGAUUAUUUGCUGGAUAUUAUAGAGAACCUGAAAAAACUAAAGAAAUGAUAGAUGCUGAUGGUUGGAUGCAUUCUGGAGAUAUUGGAAUGGUUAGACCAGAUGGAUCUCUUAAAAUUCUUGAUAGAGUUAAAAACAUUUUUAAGUUAAGUUAAGGAGAAUAUAUUGCUCCUGAAAAAGUUGAAGGAGUCUAUCUUAAAGUUAAAGGUAUUGCUGAAGUCUUUGUCUAUGGAGAUUCAACUAAAAGUUUUUGUGUUGCAAUCAUUGUCCCUGAAAAAUAAUAUGUUUUGGAAUUAGCAAACACUUUAACUAUUUCAGGUACAUUUGAAUAAUUAUGUGCUAAUGACAAAGUUAACAAGUUCUUUAUUGAUGAAAUGGUUAAAUAAGUAUUCAUACUCAAUUAUUUAUUAGGGUAAAAUUGAAAAAUUGAAUGGAAUGGAAAAUGUUAAGAAAAUCUACAUCGAACCGACUUCCUUUAUUGCUCAUGGAUUAACCAGUAAUACACUUAAAUUGAUGAGACACAAAGCCAAAGAACAUUUUCUUAAAUAAAUUGAAGCUAUGUAUUAAGGAAGUGAAUGAGUUUCAUUAUGAACACAUUAAAUAAAUAAUCAU